UUCAUAGGAGUCACAACUUAGUUGAUAAGCUCCUUGUAAAGAUGGCUAUGAAUGGAACAUAUGUCUACAUAAUAACGCUGUUGCUGACCAGUGGCAGACAGGGUACCUCUGUCUCUGUACCAGACGACCCCCGUCCUUGCCCGGUAAAUGCUCCCUGCCGCUGUGACUUCAGUACAAUAAUGUGUAAUAAUCUCACUGUGACAGAGAUUCCAACGUUCACAAAGGUCAACGCGACAUGGAAAUGCUGGACACUCAACAUGAAUUACAAUUACAAUAUUAAAACGAUUCCGUCUGGAGCUUUCAGUAACAUUCCCUUCUGUUCCCUUCAAAUUGGUCAUAAUGGCUUUGAAAUAAUAGAAGAUGGGGCACUGACUGGGUCGGAAUCUUAUCUUGAUUCCGUUUUUAUGCAGUUCAAUAAUUUCAAGGAACUUCCGAAUGAAAUUGCACGAAUGCCGAACAUCACAAUGCUAAGUAUCCAUGACAACCCGAUAAACAAUCUCCCAGAAACCAUGGCAUUCGCCUCAACUCUUCAAUUUCUGGAUAUUGGCUCACCAGCAAUGAUAACAUGGCCGUAUUCUAUUAGAUAUCUGAAAUCUGUUUGGAGCUUAUCAAUGUAUAAGUUGCCGAUGUCUGGUCUACCUCUAGAUGCAUUUGAAGGUUUGGAAGACUCAAUUCAGUCUGUGUCGUUUUCUGCAACAAAAUUUAAGAGUAUUCCGAAAGCACUAAAAACGCUUCGGAAAAUGACUGACCUAUCUUUUAUGGAUGAUGUUGAAUUAGCAUGCGAAGGAAUACCUGAUGACGCGUUCCGUGGCAUGGACUCACUUACAGAUAUUUACAUAAGCAACAGCAGCAUAUCAAGCGUUCCGAAUUUGUCGGAUAUCCCAACACUUUCCCAUUUAUACUUGACUAAUUCCCCAGUUACAACAUGGGAUCCAACUACAUUGCCAGAUCAGCCACUCCUACAAUCAGUAAGUCUCGCUAACACAGAUUUCGAUCACAUUCCGACCGUUGUACGCCGUAUUAAAAGUCUGUAUCAGUUAACACUAGACAAUACCAAAGUAUCCCAUAUUGGACCAGGUGACCUGGCAGGUCUUCAGAAACUACAAUUCCUUAGUCUGAUUCAAACGCCGUUGGUCAAUAUAUCUAUGGACGCCUUUAACGAGACAUACACUCUGCAAGGUCUGAAUUUGGAUUACACAAAACUCUCAGGAUUCCCUAGAGCCAUUGAACGACUUCCGGCUCUGAGGUUUGUGAGUUUACAAAACGUCACAAUUGAAUGUUCAUGCGCAGAACUUGGCUGGAUGAAGACUUGGAUCGGCAUUAAACAAUUGAUGGAUGGUGGCGGGCAGUGUCAUAACAAGCACAUGUAUUUGACGGAUUAUAUACGCACUGAGGUACCAAAGUGUCCCUGAAAGAUUGUGCUCUUGCUAUUUAUCAUUCAAUAAAACAUCGUUUUUG